AUGGGCAAGGUUCAAGUUAAGCCCAAAGUGAAUUUGUCUUCAUACGUCCACUUUUUAUUAAACUGCAGAAACAAGCACAAGGAACAACAGCCAAAUGCUUACAUCAACUUCAAAGAAUUCUCCAAAAAGUGUUCAGAAAAGUGGAAGACAAUCUCUAAGCAUGAAAAGUCCAAGUAUGAAGCCAUAGCAAGACUGGACAAAGCACGCUACCAGAAAGAAAUGAAAAAUUAUGUUCCCCCAGUAGGAAUGAAGAAAAGGAAAAGAAGGAAGAAGGACCCCAAAGCUCCCAAGAGGCCACCCACAUCUUUUUUCCUCUUCAGUCGAGAGCACUACACAAAGAUCAAAAGUGACAAUCCACAAUGGUCCGUGGUGGAAGUGGCAAAGUUUCUGGGGGAGAUGUGGUCCAAAAAGUCAGAGCAGGACAAACAACCUUAUGAAGAGAAGGCAGCUAGACUGAGAGCCAAGUACCACCAAGAACUCAUGGCCUACCGGGUCAGUCAUGGUCAGGGAUGUUCAAGGAAGAAAGGACCAGGGACUUCUGGCCAGUGUCAGAACAGGAAGAAAUCCAAGUCAGACAAGAAUGAAGACUAUGCUGAAUCUGAUUCAGAAGGCGAGCUGGAUUAG